AUGCCUAAUGAAGCAACAGUCAGAAAAAGUCAACAGUUGUUGAAGGCGGUACAACACCUUCAUGACCACCACGUGAUGCAUUGUAAUCUCAAAACAAGCAAUAUCUGGCUAUCGAACAAAGGUGUAAUGAAGGUGGAAGAUUUUAGGAUGGCCCGAGAACAUGAAUUCCCUCGUCAGCAAUAUACGCCUGGUAUGAGUUGUCGAUCUGUAGACGAGUUCCAAUAUCUCUACAAAAUCAACGUAGGUUCAUUCAGAGUUGUACAUGGAGCCAAGGACAAACGGACGGGAGAACUCGUUGCCCUCAAACAACUUAAAAAAAUUAAUGAAAGAGAAGGAUACUCCAUCGCCGCUCGGAGAGACCUUGAGAUAUUGCUUAAAAUGCAGCAUCCCAAUAUCGUCGCAAGCCGCGGACUAGCGUCGAGUUCCAGAAACGACCGAGUGUAUAUAGUCAUGGAGCUCGUUGACUACGAUCUUAAAACUUUCAUGCAGACAAUGCAUAGCGACAAGCAAUUGUUUUCUGUCGAACAUGUGAAAUGCUUAAUGAAGGAACUAUUGAAGGCGGUACAACACCUUCAUGACCAUCACGUGAUACAUAGUGACCUCAAAAUAAGCAAUAUCUUGCUAUCCAACGAAGGUGUACUGAAAGUGGCAGAUUCUGGGAUGGCCCGAGAUUAUGAAUUCCCUCUUUAA